ACUUCCAAGUCCACAGAGGGACUUGCUGCAAUGCUCCUGGAUCAGAGUGGAAAAUGGACAAAGAUUUGGGUCUGGCCCUGCUCCUGCUGCUUCUCUGCCACAAAGGCAACACAGAGUUUCCAGUGUCUUGUCCAUACGGAUGCCAGUGUUUCACUCCGGUCCAAGUUCUGUGUACUGAUGAACAAAUGAAGUCUUUACCCAAGAAUACUUCUAGGCAGGUCAAGGACUUUAUUAUAAUGACAUCAGCUGUGCAGUACCUGUUCCCUCGCACUUUAGAGGGGAGCCCCCAACUCACCAAGCUUAUCUUCCUGAAUAAUGAACUGCAAAGUAUCCACUCCCGGUCAUUCGAGCAUCUGACUGAGUUGCAGGAGCUGGAGAUCAGCGGGAACCCCGGGCUGGAUAAUUUAUUUCUAGGAACUUUUUCAAAGCAAGAAAAUUUGACUAAAUUGUUGCUCAACUUCAACAGGUUCCACACGGUGCUUCCUGGCAUGUUUGACUCCUUGAAACAGCUAGAAACUCUGCAAAUGAAGGGCAACAUCAUAUCAGAUCUACCUGCAUUUCUUUUCCUGAGCCUUCGCAAGCUGCGUGUCCUGGACUUGUCCCAAAAUAAGCUUGAGGAAGUAAAAAGAGAGACUUUUUAUGGUCUGGAAAGGCUGGAGAUCCUGAAAAUGAACAACAACUUCAUUCACAAUUUUACAUCUGACACAUUUCACAAUGUUUCUCAGCUGACAGAGCUCCACUUGGCGGGGAACAACAUAACACAACUUGAUGAUGACAGCUUCUCUGUGCUAACCAAACUGCAGGUGCUGAACCUCCGUGGAAACCUUCUUACAGCCUUCAGUGAUAAAGUGUUUGGAUAUGAGGGCUCAAAUUUGACAGAGCUGAACCUAAAAGGCAACAGACUGACUGAGCUGUCCUCUCUAAGUCGUCUGACCUCACUUACUGACCUCAACUUGUCUUCCAACCAGCUCUCCAAUCUUACUGAAGACAUAUUUAGAAAUCUUACAGCCCUGGAGAACCUGGCCCUGUCUGAAAACCAGAUCACUUUACUGCCUGAAAUGAUUUUUAAUGAACUCUUUGAUAUUAAGGUGAUUUACCUGCAUAAGAACAAUCUCAGCACUUUGGAUGCCAAACUGUUCAAGAGUCAGCUAUUCAUUCAGCAGCUCUACCUGUCUGACAACCAGCUGGAAAGUCUCCCAGAGGAACUUUUUGACUAUUUUAUCUGGCAGUACACUGUGAGGCUGCAUGGAAACCCCUGGAAAUGUGACUGCCACAUGUGGUACCUGCACGACUGGGUGCUGGCAAACAGCAAGAACGUGGAGAUGCUGGACAGAGUGGUAUGUCAGAGCCCAGACUUUUUGAGAAGACAGACAGUCAUGUCCAUCAACAAGGAUCAGCUUGUGUGUCAUUUGUCUAAAGAUGAGAUGCCUGAUCUCAGCACCUGUAGCCUACAAACAUCAAAUGGCACCAUGAUCAUAAAGUGUAAAGUAGAUAAAUGUUCCCCACUGAUGGUGAAGGUGCAGUUUCAGGAGGAUAGCGGCACUAUUGAGGAGCAUAUUGUGAAAAAUGAGUACAAACCUUCACAAUGUAGAAAUGAGACACUGAUCGAGACCCCCAUUUAGUAGUUUUCAUACUUUUUCUGUGUGAAAAUUUCUCCACACUAACAGUCUCGUUACAUGUUCUGUGACUGUCAGAGUCAAUACUCUAACUCACCAGCUGAUAACUAAUACACACAAAUGCAGCUGAAUGAUAAGAAAGGUGGGUGAACCUUUUCUUUAAAGUUCAAAGUUCAACUCAGGUUCUGAUCAUCCUGUCAUUGCUUAAAGAAACGAUGAGUAAUCUGUCAGUCAUGUGUUCACAUGCGCCUUUACUGUGAUUUAAACUCCCGCAGAUGUCAGAGGUUCUCUUCUUUAUGUACUCUGGCACUUCAGACACACCAAUCAUCACUGGCACGGGGCAGAGUAGUUAUGAAUAUGUCAAUGCAUAUUUUUGAUUUCAAGAAGUUUGGUGUUAGCUUCCUGUGAACAAUUUCAAUAAA